AUGUUGUCGACAAAGACGAAGCUUAUAUUAGCCUACUAUUUGUACAAAAAAAGGCAGAUGAAAGAAAAGUGCAAAAGGAAAAUGUGGGUACAUCCUAUUUUAUUGGAACGAGAAACUUAUGGUGUUUUCCAUACACUUUUUGAAGAAUUACAGAAAGGCGAAACUAAAUUUUUUAAUUUCUUUCGCAUGACUCGAGAGAGUUUUCGCAAAUUAUUAGGAAUGGUACAUAAUAAAUUAAAACGUGCUGACACUAAUAUGCGCCUACCCAUUUCACCUGCUGAAAGAUUAGCUGUAACCAUUAGAUACUUGGCAUCAGGAAAUACAUUCACGGAUCUUCAAUACACAUUUAGAAUGGGAAUUAAAACUAUAAGUUAUAUUGUUCGAGAAGUAUGUAAAGCAAUAUGGUCCGAAUUGCAGAUAUAUAUGAAAAUUCCGUCAGAAGAGGAGUGGUUAAUGAUAGCAAACAAUUUUGAGAGUGCAUCGAAUUUUCCUUUGUGCUUAGGAGCGGUAGACGGGAAACACAUACGAGUUAUAAAGCCAGAAGAAAGUGGUUCAAUGUUUCUAAACUAUAAACAUUAUUUUUCAAUUGUGUUGAUGGCUGUGGUAGACUCAAAUUAUAAUUUUAUUUUCAUUGAUGUUGGUGCCUAUGGCAAAGAAUGCGAUUCGGCUGUAUUUAAGGAAACAGAGUUUUGGAAAAGUUUAGUGAACAAUAGAUUAAAUAUACCACCAUAUACCAACAAAUUGGGAACUCAGUGUGAACUACCCUAUGUAUUUGUUGCGGACGAGGCAUUCGCAUUACAUGAACAUUUACUUCGCCCGUUUGGUGGGCAUCAACUCGAUGAUGUAAAAAGAACAUUUAACUAUCGCCUGACAAGAGCAAGGCGGUACGUUGAAUGUGCGUUUGGGAUAAUGGCGAAUUUUCCAUCGACCAUUAAAUGUAUCAACGGAUUUAGCAGUCGACAUAGUAAAAACUUGUUGUUUGUUGCAAAAUUUUAUCCACAAAGAAGAACGAAUUAUUAA